AGUAACGACCGUCAAGCGGUGACAACAUAUUAGCCUAGAUUACGUUUUACUACGUCUCAGUUCGGGGGGAUCAGUACUUGACAAUGGCUGGGGAAAUGUCUAUGAUCGGAUCGGUCAUUCUGGCUCUUUUUCUAGCUGGCUAUCUGGGCCAACAUUAUCUGCCUCCACCGAAACCAAAAGUAAUCGGCCUAGAUCUGGGGACCACUUUCUGCUCAGUGGGAGUAUUCCACCCGGGUACCGGGGAUGUGGAGGUGAUAGGGGAUGAGGAGGGGCGGAAGAGCAUCCCUAGUGCGGUGUCGUUCACACCUACCGAAGUUUUCGCCGGUUACGAGGGUCAGGAUCUGGCCGAAAACAAUCCUCAAAACACCAUCUAUGAUGCCAAGCGGUUUAUUGGAAAGAUAUUCGAACAAGAUCUCCUUGAGCAGGAAAGUGCUCGCUAUCCAUUCAAGGUGAUAAAUAACAAUGGCAGUGCAGAGUUCUUGGUCACCACCAACCAGACGUUCACAGUUACUCCCGAGUUCAUUAGUUCUCGGCUGCUGCUGAAGAUGAGGAAGAUGGCAGAGCAUCACCUGGGUGUCCCCAUCAAGAGGGCUGUGAUCUCUGUCCCUGCUGAGUUUGAUGAUAGACAGAGGAACUACACCAUCAGGGCUGCCAACCUGGCCGGACUGGACAUCUUGCGUGUGAUCAACGAGCCCACGGCUGCAGCGAUGGCGUAUGGGUUACACAAGGUGGACGUGUUCAACGUACUGGUGGUAGACCUGGGAGGAGGAACGCUGGACGUCUCUCUGCUCAAUAAACAAGGGGGCAUGUUCCUCACCAGAGCCAUGGCAGGUAACAACAAGCUGGGGGGGCAGGACUUCAGCCAGAGGCUGCUCCAGUACACCAUGGAGAGGGUCCGCCAGCAGUACGGCGUUCCUCCCACCCUCAAAGAGGACAUCCACCGCCUCCGCCAGGCCGUGGAGAUUGCCAAACUCAACCUCACCCUGCAGCUCAGUGCCCACCUCAGGGUACCCCUGCACCUGGAGCCCCAAGGGGACCCCAAGAAACCACCACAGGGGCCCGCCAAGGACCCAAUCCCAGUCAUCUUCCAAGCAGUCAUCACCCGUGAGCUGUUUGAAGAGUUGAACGACGACCUCUUUCAGAAGGUUCUGGCACCUGUAGAGACAGUGCUGGCCGAGGGCCGCCUGGGGAAGGAGGAGGUGGAUGAGAUAGUUCUGGUGGGAGGCUCCACCCGCAUCCCUAGGAUCAGGAAGCUGAUCAGUGGAUACUUUGGGAAGGAGCCCAACACCUCAGUGGACCCAGACUUGGCAGUGGUGACCGGGGUGGCCAUCCAGGCUGGCAUCAUGGGUGGCUCCUGGCCCCUACAGGUCAGCGCUAUAGAGAUCCCCAACAGACACCUCCGCAAGACCAACUUCAAUUGAUCUAGUCUAGAGAGGUGGCAAUGGACAUAAAGAUGCCACCAGACAGAGACUUUCCAUAUUAAAGGAUGGGCUGCAUUUUAACUGUUAAUUGUCCUUCUCCAUCUUCACCACGUGUGCAAUAGUCCUAUGAGGUUAAAAUAUGAUCUUCAGCUCUAAUAAUAGAUCCUGGAAUAUAUUUUCACAGAGAAACUCAACCAUCACUUGUUUACUGCUGGCCCAAUUUAUUGGACCAACUGUGGUAGAUUGAAAUGGUAUUCAAUUCAGGGAACAACCUUUAUUUCUACAGAACUGUGACCAGCCAAUACACCUUCAGCUAUUUAUUUAUUUAUAGUGUGUCUGUGCAUGUGUGCGAGCGUGUUUGUACUGCGUGGGGGUGGGGGUACAGCACAUUAGGAGUAUUUGUUUUUCAGCGGAUGACAACACGCUUGUGCCUUUUCAGAGAGCUGCUGUGUGGAGCUGUACUGUGCUUUUAAGCCACCUGAUAUGAACUACCACCAGUCAUAUUGACUAGGGCAGUAUUCUAUUAGAGUUUUGGACCAAAUAUGUUUGCACAUAUUGUUAGGCUACUGCUUGAAUGUAAAGCUACUAUGUUCAGCUUAGCGAGAUGUCGGUAUUGUAUUGGAUAACUGAUGAAUUGUCAAAAUAAGGGGCAUACCAACUUAGGCUAAAUAUUGCACUUUGAAAAUGAUAGAACUUGUUAGCCAGCAUCAUUCUGGUGCAAUUGAAUUAUAAGAAUCACAGAGUACACGGUCUGACAUUUGGUACUUCAGCAGACACUCUGGAUAAGAGUGAUUUACAGGAGCAAUUAGGAUUAAGCACCUUGCUCAAGGGCAUGUUGACAAUUUUCACCUUGUCGGCUCGGGGAUUCAAACCAGCGCCCUUUGGUUACUGGCCCAACGCUCUUAACCACUAAGCUACCUGUAUAUAGAAGUACUUAUUGUAAGUGCCAUAAAAAGACCCAAGGCUUAUGGUGGUGCGUGUUACGGUGUGCCACAAGACCGCUGGUUGUAGAGUAAUGGCUGGUUAGAGCCCCUGGCAUUGGAGAGCAAACAUGUUGGUUGAUCAUUUACUACUAUUAGUCCAUUCUAAUUAUCUCAUGUAGGGAAUGUACAUUCCAAAAUACCAGUCUACUUAGGGCUGAUGCAGGGGACAACUGUAAAUACUGUAUGCAUUCCUUGUUGAACAUGCCUCAGAUAAUGUACUGAUUGCAGUUCUCUAUAGUAAUAUGCUAUAGGAAUUUCUGAGUACGUAAUUUAAGAUUUUUGUACUGCACGUUUAGCUUAUUCUUCAAAUCACCCCUCUCAUAUGGCCCCAUUAGAUAUCUUGUGCUACAUGCUGCUUUAACUAAAUUUCCCUAAAUACCAUUAUUGAAUUUGUCGUGAAAUUGUAUUUUCUUUAUGAGCUUUAUUACAAACAAAUCCAUUCAGACAGACAUCGCCAUUGAAGGGGAAAUAAACAUUCAGAUGCA